CACCACUUAAAAGUAAACAUAUUUAAGGUUAAGUCUCAUUAUUCAGAUAAAUUACACGCGCAACACGUGUUUUGAAUAACGUGAUAAAGUAAAUUUUAUAAAGAUAUUUUAAAUAACUUAAAUUUAAAAUAAAAAUAGUGUAAAUAUAUAAAAACAAAAUGGCAAAAUCAUUGCGUAGUAAAUGGAGGAGAAAGUGUAGAGCAAUCAAAAGGGAACGUUAUGGAGCAAAAGAAUUAGAAAGAUUAAAAAAAACAUUAGGUAUUGAUGAGAAUGGAACACAAGACAUUGAAAUGAAUGAAAUAUCAAAAAUUGCUACAGUUGUUGAUGCUAAAACAAUAAAAGAAAGUGAACAAGCAAAAGAAGAUGAACAAGCAAAAAAAAAUGAACAAGCAAAAGAAGAUGAACAAGCAAAAGAAAAUGAACAAGCUAAUGAUAACACUGAAACAAAUGGUGAGACAAUGGAUGUAGACACAGAUGGAAGGGUAUAUAAUAAAAAAACAAUGAGAGAUCAAUAUGGUAAUUAUCCUCUAUGGAUGAACAAACGAAAAAUUGCAAAACAUAAGAAGGGUAGAGCUAAAUCACAGAAAGGAAACUUUAGGUCACAUAAAAGAUUAACUAGGAGGCAGAAGAGAGGAAUGAAGCAAAAGACGGUUUACCAUAUUUCAUUCUGUUCUCGGAAACUCGGCCAAUUUCUAGCGAUCUUGAACUUGACCAUCGACAACCAUUUUUCUCUCGCACAGUCAAACCUCGUGUAAAUAGCAACGAAGUUCAAGAUCAAUGGGAACGGACGCGACGAAACGGCGUCGUUCGUUCGGUAAAAAUAACACGGUCGUUCGUUCGUUUAUCUAAAAUUCGAGAACCUAGAGCGAAGAACCCAGAACAACAAGAAGCCAUUCAAAAGCUUGUUGUUCGGCUGGUGCCUAACAGCGUGUGA